AUGCGUUUCGGCGUGUGCUUCACAGGUCUCCUGGCACUUGUAGAGCAGCAUCUGCCUCUCGGGUCGGCUCAGUGGGAAGACGUGCAGUACGCGUUCAACAGGCACUUGCCCACGGACUGGCCGCAGCGUGAUACAGAGUCGCUGCGGCGUAAGUUUUACGCGCUGAAGAAUGCGCGGAAGCCGACAGGCGUUCCAGUAUGUCCUCCUGAGGUCCAGGAGAUUGAGAGCAAAUGCAGCGUGGUGCAACUAGAUGAUGAUGACCAUAGUGCGGUCUCAACUGAUAUCAACUGUGAGAAUGAUGAUCCUUCUGAGAAUGCUGCUCACGCUGACGCCGAAGCAAUGGCAGCCGUGGAGGACGAUGGCGAUGCCCAGUUGGGCGGUGGAGGACAGGUCAAUGCUGCGCACGAAGUGGCGGACGUCCGCAUCUCUACUCCAUUGGCUGCCGCCACUUCGGAGGUUUAUGAUACGCCCGCCGCCGAAAGUAUGGUGCCCGACACCAAGGCCAAACGGGCUAAAGGUAAAUUAAAAGCAUCGUCUCGCACCGGGAAAACGCAAGAGGAAUUGGCACAACUCAGCAAGCUGCUGAAGCGACAGAGCGACGAUAACCCCACGAUGUCUCAGACUGCUAAAACGCGAGUGAAAAUUGACAGCCUCCUGGAAGAGAUGGCGCAGCCAAGCAUGGAGCUACCACAGCUGCUGCCGGUGAUGGAAGUACGUGCUCACCAGCGCGAGCUUCAGUAUCGCCAGGAAAAAGAGGCUCGAGUAGAGAAGCGCGAGGCGGACCGGCUGUGA